GGAGUACACUCCGCAUCCCCCGGAGUCGGUCUAAGAACCUUUUUGGUUUUCUCGUCGCUUUCAGUGCUAUGCAGCUCCCGUGACAAGUAACAAACGAAGCAUCAAGUCGAUAUAAAGUAUUUAUUUGAGGAAGAAAAAUUGCCUGUUAAGUUUUGUGGAGUUUUGUUACAGAGAGAAAUUUUUGAAUAUCUUGAAAAAGCAUCAAAGACACAUUUUAUUAUUACGAUGGCUGUGGAAAAUAAUUCUAAUACCACUGGAAAAGAUAGAACACUGUUCCCAAUUCGAUACUUGAUGGCUAUAAUGGGAUCUAUCGGUCUUGCUAUUCUUUAUGGCUUUAAAGUCAACACCAGUGUGGCAAUCGUCGCUAUGGUGAACCAUACUGCCGUUAAAUUAUCCACAUUGCAUGAUUCAGAAGCUAAUAUUUCGGAUUCCGCAAUAGUGAGCACGGAUGUUUGCCAAUUUGAUAAUGUCUCGAACGUUACAACGACUAAAGGCAAGGAUGGUCCAUUUGUAUGGGACGAGCUUAUUCAGGGCAUGAUUUUAUCCUCUUAUUUCUGGGGCUAUACGGUAUCUUUGCUACCUGGCGGAAGACUGGCAGAACUUUGGUCAGCCAGAUGGGUGAUGAACGGAUCGGUCUUGCUCAAUCUCGUCGCUUCUAUACUGUCGCCCAUCGCUGCGCGUACCAAUCAUUGGCUUUUUAUAGCAAUGAGAUUCCUUCAAGGAAUUGGUGGUGGUGUGUCGUUUCCCGCUAUGCAUGUCAUGAUUUCCAAGUGGGCACCACCGAAUGAACGAAGCGUCAUUACUUCGAUCGUGUAUGCAGGAACGGCACUCGGCACUGUAAUUUCCAUCUUAUUAACCGGCUUUCUGGCUGCAAAUCUCAAUUGGGAAUCCAUCUUUUAUGUAGAAGGUACACUCUGUCUGAUUUGGUGUGCUACUUGGUAUUUAAUGAUAGCGGAUUCUCCGGAAGAACAGACAAAACUCAUCAGUCAAAAAGAGAAGAACUACAUCAUUACAUCUUUGGGAGGAUACGACAAGAAGAAUGUUUCCAAAACGGUUCCGUGGGGACAAGUAUUUCGUUCUAAACCGUUCCUAGCGAUUCUGAUUGCCCAUUUCUGCAGCAAUUUCGGUUGGUAUAUGCUACUUAUCGAAUUGCCCACUUUUAUGAAUCAGAUCUUGAAGUUUGACAUAAGCUCGAACGCUGCAUUAUCAUCCAUCCCGUUUUUGUGCAUGUGGCUCUUCACUAUAAUUCUCAGCAAGAUAUUAUCCAUCCUGCAGGAAAGAGAUUUGAUUACGGUAACGACGUCUAGAAAAAUCGGCACUCUUUUUGCAUCCCUCGUACCCAUGUUAUGCUUAAUACAAGUGUCGUACAUCGGUUGCGAUCGCGUAAAGGCAGUCGUCCUAUUGACGAUCGCAGUGGCUUGCAUUGGUGGAAUGUAUUGCGGCUUUCUAGCAAACCAUAUAGAUAUCGCACCAAACUUUGCCGGUAGUCUGGUAGCGAUGACGAAUGUUAUUGCCACUAUACCCGGUUUCGUCGUUCCUGUGUUCGUGGGACAGUUAACACAUAGAAAUCAAACCAUUGAAGCGUGGAGGAUUGUUUUUCUCGUAACGAUCAUUCUAUACAUAAUCGAGAUAUUGGUUUAUACCAUUUUUGGGAGCGGUGACGAGCAACCGUGGAACAAAAUCAGAAUAUCUGGUGAAGAGGCGAGUAAUCAGACAUUACCCUUAAAGGAAAAUAAUGCAAAGUAAAGUUCUUACAAUUUUGCAUUAUGUUGUAUUAUGAAGCAUCUUUGCACUUGUCAUUACCGCGUUCGCAUUAUCUUACAAAAGUACAUAGGACCCCAAUUGUUGCCAAGUGUAGGAAUGGCGAUAUGACCGUAUUUUAAUCCAAAAUUGC